AUGGACAGCAAUGCGCCGCCCGACAAAGCGCCCACGGCACGGCUCAUGACCAGCGGGACCAUUGCUGCUACUGCAGUGCAGCGUUUCUGCCGCCAAUGUCUGCAGGCUGAGCCUGCGCCUGACUUUCCUGGCCCAGAGCUUCUGCGGCUGGACGUCGUACAGGAAUACCUUUAUGCACAGCUCUUUGCGCCCGAUGCACAAGAUGGCGAGUCCCGGUUACCGCCCGCAUAUGCGCUGAGAGUGCUCAAGACACUGGUCGGCAAGAUCGAAGACAGCAUCGACGACUGGGAUGAACAUGGCAUAUCUGACAACCUGAUGGGCUGCCUGGCCAAUUCUCAUGCCAGUGGGUCACAAGCAGCGGCCCUGGCCGACGCCGUCAAGAAGAACCGCGUCGUCUACUACGUGUCGGCUCUGGAAACCGAGCCAUCACCAUCAAACACCGACGCAUCCGCCCCCACGAUUACCCUCCUCGAGAACCGAGCCACGAUUGCCGCCGCAGGCACAACCGGCAUCCGCACCUGGGAGGCUGCGCUGCAUCUCGGCGCACACUUGUGCGAACACCGCGAUGUCGUUGCGGGAAAACGCGUUCUGGAGCUCGGUGCGGGCACUGGCUAUGUCUCCAUCCUCUGUGCCAAGCACCUAGGCGCGGCUGCGUGCCUUGCCACGGACGGAUCGCCCGAGGUGGUCGAGGGGCUGCCUGCAAACGUGCAGUUGAAUGGACCGAAGGCGAGUGUCGUCGAGGCAAGAGAAUUGUACUGGGGUCCGUCGCCGCCGGCAGACUGGUCUGACUGGUCCCAAGGAGGCUUCGACACGAUUCUGGGUGCCGAUAUUACCUUUGACGCGCGCGACAUGCCCGACUUGUUGGCGACGAUCCGAUGGUGCCUGUCGAAUGGAGCGAGUGGUGCAUCAGGAGGAGAGAAAACUGUCAUUAUCGCCGCGACCGAGCGGAACAGAAAGACCUUUGAGACGUUUGUGCAGCUGGCUGCGGAAGCGUUUGAUGUAGAGGACGUGGCAUUCCCAGUGCCGCCGAGGGCGAGCCAGGCGGGCCCGUUUUACAGCGACGCCGUCCCCAUCCACAUCUGUCGCUUGCAGUUGCGCGACGCGGCGCGCCGAAAGCAGUGA